CGGUUUACGGUUACCACGGGAGACCAAAGGAAGCCACAUCCUCUAAGUACAGGAGACUGUAAAGCAACUAAGAGUUUGACACUUUUCUCAAAACAUUUGCUAACGUUAUUCGGUAUAAUCUAAUUCGGUCUUUUAAUUUAUCAGUCUGCUUUUAAUGUUAAGCGUCUUUGGUACUGGGCAACAGUGUCGUUUUACGCAGGAAACUAGCAAAGCUAACGGUACAGGCUAACGUUACCUUUACGAGCUUGAGGCCGCAUGUAGCUAGUUAGGUUGGGAAAAUUAGCUGACUUUAUUAGUUUAGUUUGCGAAUUCGCUUUAGUUAAUGUCUUCUCGCAUAAACUCGUUUAUCUGCACUGUAAGGAAUUCAUUUCGGACUGACAGAGGUGUGUAACGUUGUCACCACCACCAUGUUUAUCUACCUCAGCAAGAAGAUUGCCAUACCCAACAAUAUCCAUUUAAAAUGUGUCUCCUGGAACAAAGAUCAAGGCUUCAUUGCCUGCGGAGGAGACGAUGGUCUUCUUAGAGUUCUAAAGCUUGAAACUCAGACAGACGAUGCCAAACUUAAAGGUCUUGCAGCACCCAGUAAUUUGUCGAUGAACCAGACUCUAGAAGGACACAGUGGCGCAGUACAAGUAGUCACAUGGAAUGAACAGUAUGAAAAGCUGACGACCAGUGAUCAGAAUGGACUCAUCAUUGUAUGGAUGCUGUACAAAGGUGCAUGGUAUGAGGAGAUGAUCAACAACCGGAACAAAUCGGUGGUGAGGAGCAUGAGUUGGAAUGCUGACGGUCAGAAAAUCUGCAUUGUGUAUGAAGAUGGAGCGGUCAUUGUUGGAUCUGUAGAUGGAAAUCGCAUUUGGGGAAAGGAGCUAAAGGGAAAUCAGCUUGCUCAUGUGGCAUGGUCUCCUGACAGCAAGAUCCUUCUCUUUGGCAUGGCCAACGGGGAAGUACAAAUCUAUGACAAUCAAGGAAACUUCAUAAUGAAAAUGACCAUCAGCUGUCUCACCAAUGCUACUGGAGCUGUCAGUAUAGCUGGUAUCCAUUGGUACGCGGGAACUGGGGGUUACAUCGAACCAGACUGUCCAUGCCUUGCUAUCUGUUUUGACAAUGGAAGAUGCCAGAUCAUGCGUUACGAGAAUGAUGAAAAUCCUGUGUGUAUUGACACCCUGAUGAAUGUGGUCAGUAUCCAGUGGAAUCAUUGUGGCAGUGUUCUGGCAGUGGCGGGCUCUCUGAGAGCCUCAAAUCUGGAGAAAGAAUUCAAUGUUGUGCAGUUCUACACACCAUUCGGAGAGCAUUUGAGAACUCUAAAGGUUCCUGGGAAGCAGAUGACAGGAGUUGCCUGGGAGGGAGGAGGGCUGCGUAUUGGCCUGGCUGUGGACUCUUACAUCUACUUUGCCAACAUAAGACCAGACUACAAGUGGGGCUACUGUUGCAGCACAGUGGUCUAUGCCUACACAAAGCCAGAGCGCCAGGAGUACUGCGUGGUGUUCUGGGACACCAAAAACAACGAGAAGUUUGUCAAAUAUGUCAAGAGCUUGAUGUCUGUCACUACCUCAGGGGACUUCUGCAUCCUUGCCAGCAAGGCAGAUGACACCCAGCCUCAGGAGGAUGCUGAGUUAGAGUCUGGGACUCAUGCAAGGUAUGUCCUGAUUCUGUGCAACUCCAUUGGGACUCCUCUGGACUCAAAAUACAUUGACAUUGAUCCGCUGUUUGUCACCAUGACCAAGACUCAUGUGAUUGCUGCAUCCAAAGAGGCUUUCUACUUGUGGCAGUACAGAGUGGCAAAAAAAUUAACUGCUUUGGAGAUCAACCAAGUGACAAGAACUAAGAAGGAGGGAAGAGAGAGGGUCUACCACAUUGACAGCACUCCGUCUGGAGCCAAUGACAGUGGUCCAGAUUUUGCAAAAGCCUUCACGGCAACUCGAGAUCCCAUUUGCUGUAUUACAGCAACCGAUAAGACCCUAAUAGUGGGUCGUGAGUCUGGCACUAUCCAUAGAUACACCCUUCCAAAUGUUGUUCUCACCCAGAAAUAUACUUUGAACAACAGAGCCUACUAUCUGUCACUGAACUGCAAUUCCAGUCGUCUGGCCAUAAUCGACAUCGCUGGAGUGCUGACUUUGUUGGACCUGGAAGUCCGUGCCUCCACAGACGACCUCACAGGAAAUCAGUCGUCUGCAGGAGAUCCAUCCAAGUUUGAGCGUAAGGAUGUUUGGGACAUGAAGUGGGCAAAUGACAAUCCCGAUCUAUUUGCCAUGAUGGAGAAGACCAGGAUGUACGUCUUCAGGAACCUAGACCCAGAGGAACCAAUCCAGACGUCUGGAUACAUUUGCAACUUUGAAGACCUGGAAAUCAAAUCUGUCCUGCUUGAUGAAAUCAUGAAGGAUCCCGAAAGGCCUAACAAAGACAACCUCAUCAACUUUGAAAUCCGCUCUCUGAGAGACAGUCGUGCAUUGAUUGAAAAAGUGGGGAUUGACGAUGCCUCGUUGUUCAUUGAAGACAAUCCUCACCCAAGACUCUGGCGUCUGCUGGCUGAGGCAGCCCUCCAGAAACUGGAUCUGAAGAUGGCUGAAAAGGCCUUCGUCCGCUGCAAAGACUACCAGGGCAUUGAGUUUGUCAAGCGCCUGGGCAACCUGCAGAGCGAGCCCAUGAAGCAGGCAGAGGUGGCAGCUUACUUCGGCAGCUUUGAGGAAGCUGAGCGGAUGUACCUGGAUAUGGAUCGCAGGGAUCUUGCCAUCAGCCUUAGGAUCAAGCUGGGAGACUGGUUCAGGGUGCUCCAGCUGCUCAAAACUGGCUCUGGCGACUGUGAUGAUGCUCUGCUGGAACAGGCAUACAAUGCAGUUGGAGACUAUUUUGCUGACAGACAGAAGUGGGUUAAUGCAGUGCAGUACUAUCUUCAAGGUCGUAACCAGGAGAGGCUGGCAGAAUGCUACUACAUGUUAGAGGACUAUGAUGGCCUUGAAAGGCUGACUACUGUGUUGCCGGAGAAUCAUAAACUUUUACCGGAGAUUGGACAGAUGUUUGCCACUGUGGGUAUGUGUGAACAGGCUGUGAACGCCUACUUGAAGUGCAACCAGCCCAAAGCUGCUGUCGACACUUGUGUCCAUCUGAACCAGUGGAACAAAGCCGUGGAACUCACCAGGACCCACAACAUGAAGGAGAUUAAAUCUCUCCUUUCCAAAUAUGCUUCACAUCUGCUUGAGAAGAACAAAACUCUAGAGGCGGUUGAACUUUAUCGGAAAGCGCACCAUUUUCUUGAUGCAGCCAAACUCAUGUUUAAGAUAGCAGAUGAAGAGGCGGAGAAAAGAACCCGACCGCUGCGGGUGAAGAAGCUCUAUGUGCUGGCAGCCCGUCUUGUUGAGAAUUACCACGAGCAGGUGAAGACGUCACAGCAGAGCAAAGCCAAAGGGAAGAAGUCUGAGGCAACAUUUGCACUUGCCGGGCUGCUCGAGGAAGACGCAACCUCUCUAGAUAAUCGUAUUGUGGACAACCCAUGGCGUGGAGCCGAGGCGUAUCACUUCUUUCUGCUCGCUCAGAGGCAGCUAUAUGAAGGCUACAUGGAGAACGCCUUGCGCACAGCCCUUCACCUGCGUGAGUAUGAGGACGUCAUCCCAGUGGUGGAGAUCUACUCUCUGCUCGCCAUUUGUGCCACAGCCAAUCGGGCCUUCGGCACAUGCUCACAGGCUUUCAUCAAGCUGGAGUCCUUAGACAGUCUGGGCCCAGAGCAGAGGCAGCUUUAUGAGGAUCUGGCCCUGGAGAUCUUCACCAAGCACACCCCAAAGGACAGCCGCCCGCUGGAGCUGGACGGAUCAUCAGAGGGAGCGGAAGGAAAAUUACCCACCUGCAUUGUGACAGGUCUACCGAUCCAGGAGUACCAGUUCUGGAUGUGCAGUGCGUGUAAACACUGUGCUCUUGAGAAUGAGAUCCGCAAAUAUAACUUCUGCCCGCUGUGUCACAGUUCUGUAGCAUGAAGCUCAGUUUCUUAAGAAAACUUCAUUUUUGGAGGAAAAGCCACAUUUCAAAUCAGCGUAAUGUACUUUAGCCCACAUAUAUCUGGAACAUGUAGUAUUUACCUGUGGAAACGGGUGCACUUGGUUUCAACAUUUCUUGAACCAAUUUUGCUUUUUGCGUUUGGUACUUAAAUAGGCAGCUAUAAAGACGCUAACAGAACAAGCACCGCAACUGAAACUGUCAUAUGUGCUAUCAAGAGGCAAAACAUAGCAAAAUACAUGUUCAGUUAACUUCAAUUUAUAUGUCUUUAAUAAUUUAGUUAAAUGGAUUUCUUUUAUCUUUGACGUUGUAAAAUACAUGAAUAAAUAUAACUACUUUGUAAACUAUUUUUAUAUAUGGAAGUAAGCCGUGAAUAAACCAUCACAUUAAAUACAACAAUUUAAAAUGUAUCGAUUGGAUUUUAUUUUCUGACCUUUUUAAUGUUGUGCUGCAUUCUUCGUCCCACUGUACAUGACGGUGAAAACACUGUUCCCUAAAGGACAGUCUUUCAAACCAUUAUCAGCAACUACUCCAGUUGGAAACUGACAAUCAGUACCCACACCAUGUUUACAUCGUCUGGAAAUCAGGCUUUACAAAUGAGAAUCUAUGCUGGAACUCUUAGGUGCGUUCAACCAGAUGAAAUAGCUCUUUAAGUGGGGUACGCUCUGUGCUCUCUGUGUGGUAUAUACUGAGGGCACAGUUCACACGGACACACUGCUUCUAUUGUGCUUUAACUCUUGACAUGCGACAGGAUGGAAUUUUACAUUGCUGCAUCAAGACAAAAAUGUUUGCCUUAAUUCAAAUAAUAUAAAUAAUCUCGAUCAUCAACAUUGACUGCAUGGUAAGUAAUUCAGACAACACUCAUGGUUACAGGAAACAGCACCAGGAAAUUCAAUAUGAAAGCAUGUUCUCAUGGCUCCACCGCUGAAGUCUGUAUUGGAGUUGCUCUUGUCUCUGGCAAAAAUCUUCUCCUGCCAUCUGCUGUCAGUAAAAGGCAUAAGUGGGUAGACUACAGCAUUACAAACAUUGGAUAAACGUUUUCAAUUUAUGUGUGAAGGAUAUUCUCUGUGAUUUAGUAUGCAUUGCUGUAAGAAGUGAUAUUCAUGACGUUUAUAGUACUAGUAGUGUUUUCAUGCGUCAGCUCAGCUUGAUUUGUCUUAAUUGUCUUACAUGGGCUAAUUUUUUU